AGUCUCUGCCAGGAACUAAUAUGGCUCCCAUGGUUACACCGUUUUUUCUCUUCACCUAAUCAGCGACCUGACUGCCCAGACCAGUUUGUCAAGCAGAAGCUAAAUCUCUUUUGCCCCUCUGCUGACUGCUACUCAAGAGCGAUGGAAGCCGGGCGACCACUUUGCGGUGUUAAACUCCGUAACUAGGGAAGCAGCACUUCCGCUGACGUCAUCACGCCGACACGUGGAUCCAAGAUGGCGGCGGCGAUGAAUUGGCUGCCGUGGUCCUUGCUGCUUCUCUCUCUCACAUGUGAAUCAAGCGCCUUCUAUGUCCCUGGGGUCGCGCCAAUCAACUUCCACCAGAACGACCCUGUAGAGAUCAAGGCCGUGAAGCUCACCAGCUCUCGAACCCAGCUACCUUAUGAAUAUUACUCAUUGCCCUUCUGCCAGCCCAGCAAAAUCACUUACAAGGCAGAGAAUUUGGGAGAGGUGCUGAGAGGGGAUCGGAUUGUCAACACCCCUUUCCAGGUUCUCAUGAACAGUGAGAAGAAGUGUGAAGUUCUGUGUGGCCAGUCCAACAAGCCCGUGACCCUGACAGUGGAGCAGAGCCGGCUCGUGGCCGAGCGGAUCACAGAAGACUACUAUGUCCACCUCAUUGCUGACAACCUGCCUGUGGCCACCCGGCUGGAGCUCUACUCCAACCGAGACAGCGAUGACAAGAAGAAGGAAAAAGAUGUGCAGUUUGAACAUGGCUACCGGCUCGGCUUCAUGGAUGUCAACAAGAUCUACCUGCACAAUCACCUCUCAUUCAUCCUUUACUACCACCGGGAGGACAUGGAAGAGGACCAGGAGCACACAUACCGUGUCGUCCGCUUCGAGGUGAUUCCCCAGAGCAUCAGGCUGGAGGAUCUCAAAGCAGAUGAGAAGAGUUCAUGCACCCUGCCCGAGGGUACCAACUCCUCACCCCAAGAAAUUGACCCCACUAAGGAGAAUCAGCUGUACUUCACCUACUCUGUACACUGGGAGGAAAGUGACAUCAAAUGGGCCUCUCGCUGGGACACUUACUUGACCAUGAGUGACGUGCAGAUCCACUGGUUUUCUAUCAUUAACUCCGUUGUGGUGGUCUUCUUCCUGUCAGGCAUCCUGAGCAUGAUUAUCAUUCGGACCCUCCGGAAGGACAUUGCCAACUACAACAAGGAGGAUGACAUUGAAGAUACCAUGGAGGAGUCUGGGUGGAAGCUGGUGCACGGUGACGUCUUCAGGCCCCCCCAGUACCCCAUGAUCCUCAGCUCCCUGCUGGGCUCAGGCAUUCAGCUCUUCUGUAUGAUCCUCAUUGUCAUCUUUGUGGCCAUGCUUGGGAUGCUGUCGCCCUCUAGCCGGGGAGCUCUCAUGACCACAGCCUGCUUCCUCUUCAUGUUCAUGGGAGUGUUUGGUGGAUUUUCUGCUGGCCGUCUAUACCGCACUCUAAAAGGCCAUCGCUGGAAGAAAGGAGCCUUCUGUACGGCAACGCUCUACCCUGGCGUCGUUUUUGGCAUCUGCUUCGUAUUGAAUUGCUUCAUCUGGGGAAAGCACUCAUCAGGAGCGGUACCGUUUCCUACCAUGGUGGCUCUGCUAUGCAUGUGGUUCGGGAUCUCCCUGCCCCUCGUCUACUUGGGCUAUUACUUCGGCUUCCGCAAGCAGCCAUAUGACAACCCUGUACGCACCAACCAGAUUCCCCGGCAGAUCCCUGAACAGCGGUGGUACAUGAACCGAUUUGUGGGCAUCCUCAUGGCUGGGAUCCUGCCCUUCGGUGCCAUGUUCAUCGAGCUUUUCUUCAUCUUCAGUGCAAUCUGGGAGAAUCAGUUCUAUUACCUGUUUGGCUUCCUGUUCCUCGUUUUCAUCAUCCUGGUGGUGUCCUGUUCACAAAUCAGCAUUGUCAUGGUAUACUUCCAGCUGUGUGCAGAGGAUUACCGCUGGUGGUGGAGAAAUUUCCUAGUCUCCGGGGGCUCUGCAUUCUACGUCCUGGUUUAUGCCAUCUUUUAUUUUGUUAACAAGCUGGACAUCGUUGAGUUCAUCCCCUCUCUGCUCUACUUUGGCUACACGGCCCUCAUGGUCCUGUCCUUCUGGCUGCUCACGGGCACCAUCGGCUUCUACGCAGCCUACAUGUUUGUCCGGAAGAUCUACGCUGCCGUGAAGAUAGACUGAUCAGGGUGGACCACAGCCGGGCCCACUGCGUCCUCGGACAAGAAGCCACCCUGCGUGGGGAACUGCAGGCACGCAAAAUAAAAUAACUCCUGCUCGUUUGGAAUGUAACUCCUGGCACAGUGUUCCUGGAUACUGGGGCUGCGUGGGGGGCGGGAGGGCCUGUAGAUAAACCGUGCAUUUUUCUUCAUCUUACUCCAGUUCUGUGGGGGAUGAGUUUUUCGUGGGUUGUUUUCUCUUCAGUGCUAACAAAGUUCCCUCCAGUGGGAACUCUCUGACCUGUUUAUUCAGGUUUAUUUUUGGUUUGGGGUUUUUUCCUUCUUUUUAAAACAAAUGGAUCCAGGAUGGAUAAAUGCACCAAGAUACUGGGUUUUGGUCACUGUCUCCACCUCAGCUCCUCAGGGCUGUUGGCCACCCCACGACUAACUGGAAGAGGAAACGCUAGGGCUUCAGGGAGGUUUCCAAGCCUCUCAUCACCCGUCCUCUCCACUGAUGCUGCGACAAAGCACAGCUCCGGUCUGGACAGCACCCUCAGUGCCAACCAGCCUCUGCCAGCCCCUCUCCCUCCCUCUUCUCUCCUCCCCAGCCUCCUCCCAGGGCUGCCAGGGCAGGGCUUCCAGCCAGGCCUCUGGGUCAUCUUGUCACCAGGAGCAAGCCCAAGUCUUGGCUGCUACAAGAAAAUGCCCUGGAAGUACUGGGGGCCAGGUUCCCCAGGAUGGCAGGAACCACCCUGUUCAGAGCAGCCGGAAUUUGCUGGAUCGACAGGAGGAAGAGACUUGCAGUCACAGCGACUGUGUGUGCCAAGAAACCCUGGACCUGGGGCCACGUAUUUCCAGAGCCAAGCGCCCACGUGUCUGUGUCUGGGGAGGGAUGGCUCAGGCCGCUAGGAGCCUCACCCCUCAGGGUUGUUCCUCAGCCCUUUCCUCAGGGGUUGCCACUCUUAACAAAGUGUGCUGGUGGCAGACCCUCUCCUCCUCCACUUCAGGGCAGAACAAGGAGGCCCGGAGACCUCAAAUCCUUCCCUUUAGGUGGCAGGGCAUUCCCUCCCUGAUGUCCCCUGGCCUCAAGGUCCAUGCUUAGUUCUUUUAUCCAGACCCAUCCCCUCUACCUCCCACCUGAGUUCUUGCCUCCUUCUUUUUGGGACACCCAAAAAACUGCUUGUGAGAGGGAAGAUGGAAGGUAAGUUCUGUCUUUCCUUCCCUAACUCCCAGGAACAGUCAAGAAGCCCAGUCUCCCUAAAUUAGAAAGAGGGGGCUCACGUGGCUGGCCUGGCUCCUCCACAACCCCUGCUCUUCCCAACCUCUGCCCACCCCAUGCAUGUCCCAAACAUUUGCUCUUAAGUUACAAGAGACCAAAUCUACCCAGGGAUUAGGGUUCAGGUAGCAGCCACUCACCCUCGCUCCAGCCCCUUUGGCACUCCCACCAUGAGACAAAGCUCAGGACGCUGGGUAAGCUGGGAACACGCCCAUCCCCUCACCACCCCACAUUCUCCGGCAGCGCCUGCCAGCUCCACCAGUCAAACCAGUGAACUCAGUCUUGCCUCACAGUGACUCCACAGCACCAGGCAGCGUCCACCAAGAAUCAGGCUGGAGAAAAGGGAACCCAAGCUGUAGAGAACGGUAUUGGAGUCUUUUGUUCAUUCAAAUCUUGGAUUUUUUCCCCCUAAGAGAUUCUCUUUUUUGCGGGGAGUGGGGAAACAGAUGCCUCAUAAAGGGUUCAAACAUCAUCAAUUUUUCUGACUUUUUUAAUCAUCAUCAUUAUUACUUUUAAUUAAAAAAUGCCUGUAUGCCUUUUUUUGGUCCAGUUGUAAAUAAAUAUGCCAUUGUCCUA